AUGAAUUAGAGCAUGGAGAAAAGUUUGGAGAAUAAAGGAUAUAAGAUUUAAUCUUUACUAGGCAAGGGUGCUUUUGGAAAAGUUAUUAUCAAAAAUAAUUAGGUUUUUAAAGGAUUAAAGAAUAAUAAUUAGUAAUAGGUAGCCAUAAAAACUAUAGAAAUAUCAAGAUUUUCAGAAAAUGAUGGAAUUUUUGGAUAGCUAGUCUAAUCAGAAAUUUAGGCAUUGAAGAUGAUUAAAAGUGACCAUGUUGUUGGCUUUGUGGACACAUUUUCAGAUAUGAAAUAUUGUUAUAUAAUUAUGGAGUAUUGUGAUUGUAAUUAAUAAUUAACUAUUUUUUAUUUUAGCAGGAGAUUUAGAAAAUCAAUUAAAGAAUCCUAACUUCAAAAUAACUGAAUAAGAUGCUUUAGGAAUUUUUAAAUAAAUUUUAAAAGGUCUAAGAGAUUUACACUCAAAGUAUAUCAUUCAUAGAGAUCUGAAAGUAUAAAACAUAUUAGUUCAUAAUAAUUCUAUUUAUAAAAUAGCUGAUUUAGGAUUUUGUAAACUCUUAUAAGCAGCAGUAUUAUAUUAAAAUAUUAGAGGAUCAAGAAUCCAGAUUAUAAUUAGGAUCAUUAUUUACAAUGGCUCCUGAAAUUUUUAAUCAAAAACCAUAUGGAUUAUCAUCAGAUAUGUUUUCUUUGGGAGUUAUCUUUUAUUAGAUUCUAUAUAAUAGAUAUCCAUUUAAAUAAAAAGAUUACUUAUAAGAUUAUCAACGUAAUAUAUAUUAUAUUUUUUAGCAAAUAUCAAUUUUUAGAAAAACAAAAUUGAAGUAUCAGAAAAAACUCAAAAUCUCUUGUUCUAGAUGCUCUAAUUUGAUCCUUAAAAAAGAAUAUCUUUUAAAGAUUUAAUAAAUCAUCCAGCUUUUGAUAGACCUAUUUUUAGUAUUCAUUUAAUUCAUCUUCUUAGGUUUAAUAAGCAAAAUACAAUUACAAUCUAAUAGAAUUUCUUUUGAUGAUUAUGGAGAAUUUUAUAAUGAAAAAAGUGGUGAAAUAGAAGCAAACCUAAAAAAUAAUAUUGGUCAUUAAUAAAUGCCAUAAAUAGUUUAAGUUUAACACUACCCAAAAUUAGAAUUCAAGAAUUUUGAAUUAGAGAAGAUUUAAGAAGAUAAUAAGAAUAAAUUAAGUUUAGAAAUAGAUAAAAUUAAUGAAAAGAUUAAUCAAAUGUACUUCUUUUCAAACACUUUUUAAGAAUUAAUAUAAUUUCUUUAAUCACCUAAUAUAAUGGUUUUGUUGUGUUUAAAAUUAUAAAAGUUAUGCGAAAAUAUUAUCAAUAUGAUAAUUGAAAAUAGAUAAAUUUAUUAAUAGCAAAAAUAAUAUGAGCUUGACUACAAUAUUCUUGAAGAAUAGUAUAGGGAAAUGGUUAAUUUAUCUGAAGGAAUUAUAUAUUAAUUACACUUUCUCUAAGAAUAGUUAAUUAAUUAUAAUUAAAAUAUAUUUGCUUAAAAAAUGUCAGAAUAAUAAUUUAAUAAACUGUUCUAUGAAUAAUUAUCAAAUUAUCUUUCAAAAGUAAAAAAUAAUAUUACUAAUGCAAUAUCCCACUUAAUUUUUUGCUAUUUGUAUUGCAUCACCUAAAAUUCAUAAUUUUUAUAAUUUGAUGAAACAACCUUUGAUCUCAAAAGAUCUAAGUAAUUAUACAAAAAUUCGGAUCAUCUAUUGGAAUAAAUCUAAUUAUUUUCCAACAAAAUAAGUAAGUAAAAUUAUUGA